AUGCACAAACACAUCAUCGCCGAGAUGAAGAUCGAGACCGCCCUGCUCACCAACAACUCGCCCUACGCCGAGGACCGCGCUGUCGCCAUCGGCCCGCUCUUCGCCUGCAUCAUGGCCUUCAUCAACGGCUUCUUCGAAACGUGCUUCCCCGCCAUCUACGUCGCCGCGACCCUCCCGCAGCUGCUCGCCUACCCGCUCGGCACCUUCCUGGCCCGCGUCCUCCCCCAUGGCGGCCUCACCCUCUUCGGCGUCCGCCACAGCCUCAACCCGGGCCCGUUCAACAGAAUGGAGCACAUGCUGAUCAGCGUGAUGAGCUUCGCGUAUGACUCGGCGCCCUACAGGCACCAGAUCGUCUGGAACCAGGCGCUGCCCCAGUACUUUGGUCAGGAGUGGGCGCGCAGCCCGGGAUACCAGCUGUGCGUCGCGCUGCCCACCGCGUUCGUCGGCUACGGCUUCGCGGGCAUCACCCCUCGCUUCAUCAUCUGGCCCUCGCACUGCAUCUGGCCCAACUCCCGGGCCACCAUCACGCUCAACUCGGCCUUGCACCCCGCCAACGACGAUGGCACACAUCCGGUCCCGGGCCCCUUUGGCUCCGUCUGGCGCUGGUCGCGGAUCCGGUUCUUCCUCGUCGCCCUGCGCCGCCAUGUUUGUCUGGUUCUUGUUCCCCAACACCAUCUUCACCGCGCUCGCUCCAACACCGGCCUGGGCCUCAACCCGCUGCCGACGCUCGACUGGAACACGCUCACGACACGGGUCGACCCGUUGUACAUGCCGUCCUUCAACACCUUCAACUACUUUGCCGGCGCGCUCGCUAGCAUGUUUAUGAUCGUCGGCGUAUGGUUCAGCAACGCGUACAACACGGCGUACCUGCCGAUCAACUCGAACAUGCCGUUCGACCGCUUUGGCGAGCGGUACAACGUGACGAGGGUGCUCGACGACGGCGGCCGGCUGGACGCGGCCCAGGACGACGCGUACUCGAAGCCGUACCUGUCCGCAGCCAGCCUGGCGGCGUACUUUUGGUUCUUCGCCGUGUACAGCGCGUCCAUCACGUACGCCGCGCUGCAUCACCGCGGCGAGAUCUGGGGCGGCAUGCGCGCCGCCGUCCACAACUUGUUCAAAUCCGACAGCGCGACUCGCGAGGAGGUGCAGCUCUCGGACGUGCACGAGGUUCCGGACUGGCGGUACCUCGCCGUGCUGCUCGCCUCCGCCGCGCUCGGCGUCGCCUCCAUGGCCGUGUGGCCGACCGGCACCAGCCCGGCCGUCGUCGUCUUCGGCAUCCUCAUGUGCGUCGUUUUCGUCGUCCCCAUCGGCAUCAUGUAUGCCAUGACCAGCUACCAGAUGACCCUCAACGUGCUCGCCGAGUGCGUCAGCGGCGCCGUCUCCAACGGCGACGCGCUCAGCAUGGCCUACGUCAAGCCGCGAUCAAUGCAGGACCUUAAGCUCGGCCACUACGUCAAGAUCCCGCCGUGGACGCUCUUCUACGCCCAGAUGGUGUCCACGCUCGUGUCGACGCUCGUCUUCGUCGGCCUGCUGCAGCACCAGCUGCGCAUCCCCGCCAUCUGCACCCCCCACGCGCCGUUCCGCUUCGUCUGCCCCGGCGAAAACUUCUUCUUCACCGCCGUCGUGCUCUGGGGCACCGUCGGGCCCUCGCGUCAGUUCGGCCCGGCCAGCCCGUACGCGACGCCACUCAUCGGCUUUCCCGUAGGCGUGGCGCUGGUGCUCGCCUUCUGGGCUCUCGGCCGGCGGUUCCCGAGGAGCAGGGCGCUGCGAGGCGUGCAUCCGGUGGUGCUCAUCUCGGGCGCGUUCGCGUAA